AUGGGCUGGACUUUUCCUUCUCUUUUCAUCAUUCUCAUUUCCAUCGUUGCCUCGAUAUACCAAGUCAAGACAUUGAAUCUCUAUAACACUUCCAGCACUACUACAAACAGCUCCCUGACCAAUAACACCAUCACAAACAGCCCAGUACAUACCAACAUGUCUGCCCCAAGAGCCAUAAGACAGGCCUUUCUGGCCAUUGAGAAGUCAGAGGGCAUGGGUGCUCGCGUGCGACGGUCCAUCGGCACUCCCAAACUACGCAACUUCAGCCCUUUUCUCAUGCUGGACCAUUUCACCGUUGGCAAAGACGCUGGAUUCCCCGACCACCCUCACAGAGGCCAAGAGACCAUCACCUACCUUCUCUCUGGCGGUGUAGAUCAUGAAGAUUUCGCCGGACACAAAGGCACUAUCGGCCCAGGCGAUCUGCAAUUCAUGACUGCCGGUCGAGGCAUAAUGCACGCUGAAAUGCCCCAUAACAACCCAGACGGCAGCCCCAAUGUCGGCAUCCAGCUGUGGGUUGACCUACCCAAGAAACUGAAGAUGUGUGAACCCAGAUACCGUGAUCUUCGCGCCCAGGAGAUCCCAAUUGCCUCUGCGGAUGGCGGAAGAGCCACUAUCAAAGUCAUCUCCGGCAAGUCUCAUGGCAUUGACUCGGUCAAGGACCUAGCCUACACGCCUGUCUGGAUACUGGACAUCACUCUCAAGCCAGGCGGAAGAAUCAACCAAAUACUGCCUAUUGGAUGGAACGCCUUUGCCUACACCCUCGAAGGCACCACUACUAUCAACAAGAAGAAGAUCCCUCAGUACCACAAUGUUGAGUUCGUACAGGAGGGAGAUUCGGUCCAGGCUUCAAACGAGUCUGACGAGGAGUCUCGCUUCCUGAUAAUUGCCGGCCAGCCUCUUGACCAGCAGGUCGUCCAGUACGGUCCUUUUGUCCUGAGCUCCACGGAGGACGUUUACCAGGCCAUCAGUGACUUCCAGUCGCACUCUAACGGUUUCGAACGGGCCAGAGGUUGGCAGAGCGAAAUCGGAAAGAGAAUGCUAUAG